GGGAGGGCCCACAGAUACGGCCGAGCUGGAAUUUCUUUAUCAGGCAGAGCUACGGAUGUUAGGCAAGGAGAAACACAAUAAGGAUGUCUGUAGAUCUGUACAGCCCCAACAUGGGUGAGAGUGCAGCCUCCCUGUGCCAGGUGAAGCAGCUACCCUGCCACAGCAUCCAGCUUCUCCGCCUGCAGGCUGGUGGACAUCACACACACAACCACUCAAACCUCCCUCACAAGCCGUGCUUGAGCGAUGCUUCCUCGGUGGCUUCCUCUGGGACUGCUCCGGCUCUCCGCCACAGGGUCAGCGGGGCCACGACUGGUGCCUGCAACAGCCCCAACUGUGCUGCUUCCAGACUGGGACAGGUGGGAGCAGCGGGCUGGGACGGCCACAGGGAGAAGGUGUUGGUGACAGGAGGAGCGGGAUAUUUUGGCUUUAGGCUGGGGAAAGAGCUGGCCAGCGAGGGGAUGACAGUCAUCCUUCUGGAUGUGAACAAGCCUCCUUGGGAUAUUCCUGAUGGAGCCAUCUUCUUUCAGAGCGACAUUCGGAACUAUUCCUCUCUGCACAAAGUAUGUGAAGGAGUCGACUGCAUAUUUCACACAGCAUCCUAUGGCAUGUCUGGGCCAGAGCAGUUAAGGAAGGAGCAGGUGGAGUCUGUCAACGUUGGAGGAACCAGUAAUGUCAUAAAUGUAUGUAAAGAAAGAGGCAUUCCCAGGCUGGUGUACACCAGCACCAUCAAUGUGGUGUUUGCUGGGAAACCGAUUGUGGAUGGCGAUGAGGCGUCAGCGCCAUACGUUCCCAGUGAUUUGCACAUUGAUCACUACUCCAGAACUAAAGCAGUGGCAGAGCGCAUGGUGCUCUCGGCUAAUGGAUCCUCUGUGAAAGGUGGAGGAACGCUGCAGACCUGCGUGCUUCGUCCCUGUGGCAUCUAUGGACCAGAGGAGAGGAGACAUCUUCACAGAGUGAUGAUGAAUGUGGAGCGGCGUCUCUUCAGCUUCAGGUUUGGAGACCCAGCAGCCAGGAUGAAUUGGGUCCAUGUAGACAACCUGGUUCUGGCGCACAAACUUGCAGCUGAGGCUCUGACGAAGAAGAAAAACUGCAUCUCUAGCGGCCAGGCAUAUUUUAUUAAUGAUGGCAUUUCUGUCAAUCUGUUUGAGUGGCUGACACCUCUGUUUGAAAAACUGGGCUACAGUAGACCAUUGAUAAAUCUUCCAGUUCCACUUGUCUAUUCUGCAGCUAUUCUGGUGGAAAAUUUACAUGUGAUUCUGAGUCCAUUAAUCAAGGUUCCUCUGCUGUUUACCAGGAGUGAGGUCAGAAACAUCACAGUAAGCCACACCUUCAAAAUCGAUAAAGCUUGCCGAGAGCUGGGUUACCGCCCAAAGCUGUACAGUCUGGCAGACUCCGUAGAGCAUUACCUCACCAGCCGACGGUCUCCUGCUCCUCCUCUUCAUCUCAACCUGUCCUCUACCAAGCAUAUGAUCCAAUGGGGCGUCCUGCUACUGCUGGGUCUCAGCCUGGUGCUGCUCACAUUCUACGGCAUCUUGAGUUAGAGCUAAAUGCUGUGAUUGCAAAUGAUAAGGCUUUCAAAAAUAACUGGUGCAAAACAUCUCAACAAUUAUUUGUGGGGAAUGUAUCACAUCAAGUGUCUUAUUUCUAUGUUUCCCAAUCAAAUAAGACCUAUAGUUCCCCAGUGUAGGUCUAUUUAAAAAUUCCUCUUCAACCUUUUAAAAUCAGCCUCCUGUUUAAGAUUUUUUUUUUAUCUUGAAAGUAUUGAAACUGAUUACCAGUAUGUUUAAGUUAUUAAUUUAAUUAAAUCCAAGUUAAAUGUAAGUAUUUGGUCGGUUUGAUUAAAACAAUGUAUCACUUUGCAUUACUAAUAUUUACAAUAUGACAGCUACUGUAUUUAAGGCAUGCUUCCAGUUGUAUAAUUAUGUUCUAUAGUGACUGAUUAUCCCUG